AUGAUAGCUACUAAUAUUGUUGACGGUGAUGGUAAUCAAAGUGGAUUUAAACAUUUUAAGGCAUAUUUAAAAGGUAGAGAAGAACUUUUAUUAAAGGGUUAUAUAGUUCGUAAUAGUACUAACGUUAGCAUCGUUGAUGGAAAUGAAAAAAUAAGUUCUACAAUGUAUGAAACUAGUAGAUUAAAAUAUAAUUCUUUAUCACUUGCAAAAUUACAGUAA